UCUUCUUUUCCAUUUGUCCACUGCCCACUUUCUUCUCUUCUCUUCUCUUCUCUUCUCUUCAUUUCGUUUCUUUUCCGUUACCCCCACCACCGCCGAACCUCGUGAAUCGAUCAACCACCGCCGGACUCAGAAAUCUCAAUCGUCGGCGAGAUUCCCUGGCCAUUGCACGCAAGGCUGACACUGCAGGUCUGCCAUUCUGUUGUUCAGGUAAGUUUGUAUGCUGCUUAAGAAGGACCCAUAAAUCAUCAAAAAUAAUAAAUGGCCAACCAAAAUGCUAUGCCCUCCUGGUUAAAAAGUCUUAAUAUCAACAAUAUAUAUUUCAUGAAAGAUCAUGGAGAAUAUGGAGUUGUAGCUGCUAUAGUCAUAGGCAUCCUACUUCCUAUUUUGUUUUCAACUCUUUUCUUGGGAAAGAGAAGAGGAAAGGUACGAGGUGUUCCAGUAAAGGUUGGUGGUGAGGCAGGUUACGCAGUGCGUAAUGCUCGGAAAAAGGAGUUGGUUGAAGUUCCUUGGAAAGGAGCUACAACCAUGGCUCAUCUAUUUGAACAAAGUUGUAAGAAAUAUACCAACAAUCAAUGUCUAGGAACAAGAAAGCUAAUCGGAAAGGAUUUUGUUACAUCUAGUGAUGGCCGGAAGUUUGAGAAAGUACACUUAGGAGAGUAUGAAUGGGAAACAUAUGGACAGGUUUUUGCUCGUGUGUGCAACUUUGCAUCUGGUAUCCUUAGAUUUGGCCAUAAUAUAGAUAGCCGUGUUGCAAUUUUCGCUGAUACUCGAUCUGAGUGGCUCAUUUCCCUUCAGGGUUGCUUCCGACAGAGUAUAACAGUUGUUACUAUUUAUGCUACUUUAGGGGAGGAUGCCCUAAUUCACUCACUAAAUGAGACCCAAGUUUCAACCCUGAUAUGCGACUCAAAGAAGUUGAAGAUGUUGGAUGCAAUAAGUUCUAAGCUACCAUCUAUUCAGAACAUUAUUUACUUUGAAGAUGAAGACAAAGAUGCUUCCUCAGGAAGUUUGGGCAACUGGAAAACUGCAUCUUUUAGUGAAGUUGAGAAACUUGGGAAAGAAAGUCCCAUUGAACCGAGCUUUCCUUCCAAGGAUGCUAUUGCUGUUGUGAUGUAUACAAGUGGUAGUACAGGGCUGCCAAAGGGCGUUAUGAUUACUCAUGGUAACAUCGUAGCCACUACAGCGGCUGUUAUCACGGUGAUUCCAAAUCUGGGUACCAAGGAUGUAUAUUUAGCCUAUUUGCCCCUUGCACAUGUUUUUGAAAUGGCUGCAGAGUCUGUUAUGCUGGCUACCGGGAUUGCAAUUGGUUAUGGCUCUCCUUUGACUCUCACAGACACAUCUAAUAAAAUCAAGAAAGGAACCAAGGGAGAUGUUAGUGUAUUGAAGCCUACUCUUCUGACAGCUGUACCAGCUAUUCUUGAUCGUAUUCGAGAAGGAGUUGUUUCAAAGGUUGAGGAAAAGGGGGGAAUUGUGAAAAAUCUUUUCCAGAUAGCAUACAAUCGCCGACUGGCUGCAGUUAAGGGAAGCUGGCUAGGGGCUUGGGGAAUAGAGAAAUUGGUGUGGGAUACCAUUGUCUUUAAAAAAAUUCGCCUUUUACUAGGAGGCCGCAUACGAUUUAUGCUUUGUGGUGGAGCCCCUUUAUCCGGAGAUUCACAGCACUUUAUCAAUAUCUGCAUAGGAGCUCCUAUUGGGCAAGGAUAUGGGUUGACCGAAACAUUUGCUGGGGCUGCCUUCUCUGAGUGGGAUGAUGACAGUGUGGGGCGUGUUGGUCCACCUCUUCCUUGUGCUUACAUUAAGCUAGUUUCUUGGGAAGAAGGAGGGUACAAGACUUCAGACAAACCAAUGCCACGAGGAGAGGUUGUAGUUGGUGGAUUCAGUGUUACUGGUGGUUACUUUAAGAAUCAAGAGAAAACUAAUGAAGUGUACAAGGUUGAUGAAAAUGGUUUACGCUGGUUUUAUACUGGCGACAUUGGGCAAUUCCAUCCAGAUGGUUGUCUUGAAAUCAUAGAUAGGAAGAAGGAUAUCGUCAAACUUCAACAUGGAGAAUAUCUCUCUCUUGGAAAGGUUGAAGCAGUGCUAUCUACUUGUAAUUAUGUGGACAGUGUCAUGGUUCAUGCAGAUCCCUUUCAUAAUUACUGUGUUGCUCUUAUUGUUCCAUCACGCAAGUCUCUGGAGAAUUGGGCUCAGCAAGCUGGUACUGAAUACAAAGAUUUUCCUGAACUGUGUAGCAAAACUGAAAGUACCAAUGAAGUCCUGCAGGCCAUUAACAAGGUUGCAAAAGCUGGAAAGCUGCAGAAAUCUGAAAUCCCAGCAAAGAUAAAGUUGCUUCCAGAUCCAUGGACACCAGAAUCUGGAUUAGUCACUGCUGCUCUUAAGAUAAAGAGAGAACAGCUGAAAGCUAAAUUCAAAGAUGAUCUGAAGAAGCUGUACGAAUGAAGCAUAUAGCAGUUUUUGGGCAUCAGUAUCUUACCACGUUUCUUGACUGUCUUUUCACUGUAUGUGAUAUCCAACUGUUCUGGCUUUACAACCCAUAACACUUCGCUUGCUUCGAAAAAUGAGCAAUUUAUGAGCAAGCAUUUCACUUGAACGGUUCGGUUGUGAUUCCGAUGACAUUUUGUUUGAUGUUUAGGCUCUCCCUUCUUCGAGUGAAUGGAGGAGGUGGAACUAUUUUGUGACGCCUUAUAAAGGCUCUUAUUAUGGUACUAUACCAUUAUGUUCAUGUUAAUAAGAAUUAUGGAUGGCACUGUAACUUAUGACCUGCAAGGCUGCAACUAAUUUAAAAUAUCCACAAUUCCUUGCACA